GCCGUCCGGUCCAUCGAAGGCUGGAUCAUCAUCGUCACCAACGUCCACGAAGAGGCCGACGAGGAGGCCAUCCACGACAAGUUUGGCGAAUACGGCGAGAUCAAGAACCUGCAUCUCAACCUGGACCGAAGGAGCGGUUAUGUGAAGGCAAGUUUUCUUCCGCAUAGCCCCGGCUACGCAUUGAUCGAAUACGCCACCCUCCAGGAAGCCCGCGCCGCCAUCGACGACGCCCACAAGAGCAAGCUCCUCGACCUCACCGUCAACGUCGACUUUGCGUUCGUGCGCCCCCCGCCA